AUGAAUUCCGGCAAAAAGAGUUUGCCCAUCAACAGCGAUGACUGGCAGUCCGAGGAUGAAUAUGUCCAAUCUCUUCUGAGAUUUGUGACGACGUCGGACAUAUUCCACAAUCUCUGCGGCGGCGUCCAUGUUCUGGAUUUCCUGACGCGAGAACCCGAUCUCUACACGACGGUUCUGCCACAGGAAUGGCGCGAGUGGUUCGACCUCGUCAGCAUCGAUGACGUCCUCGAAUUACUCCUACGGCUCGACAUCAAAGGGCUACAGAAACAGCCCAGAGAAACGACCGACUCAUUCGACACACUCCCCUCCCCACCACAGAGCCUCCUGGACUACAUCAGCACCGUCCGAAAACACCUGCUGGGACGGGACUUCUCGCCCGUUGCAGACGACAUCUCGGAGCUGCCGCGGCACGUGGCGGUGGGCAUGAAACCGAAGAAGAUCCACGAGGUGGUGAACUUCGCGGCCUACGUGGGCGAGCUGUCGGCCGACGUGUCCGCGCGGUUCGAUGCGCCCGUCGCGGUCGUCGACUUUGGGUCCGGGCAGAACUACCUCGGUCGCACACUGGCGGGCCCGCCGUAUCGGAAACACGUCGUUGCCAUAGAGCGGAAACACCACAAUAUCGACGGGGCGCGGAGCAUGGAUGUGCAUGCGAGGUUAGCGAAGAAGGAGAAGGUCAUGCGCAAUAAGAAAGAGUGGAAGAGGCAGCUUGCGCUGGCGGAGGAGGACGAGAAUGAGGGUGUUUCGAGCCCGGUGUCGGCUGAUGUGGAGGAGUCACAGGUCGUUUCGGUGCCUGAUGUUGUACUGGAGCAGCUCGAGGCCUCGGGAGAGACGCCGCUCGAUGCGACGAAUGGCUCGAUGACUUACGUCGAGCACGACAUCACGGACGGACAUCUAGAGCAUAUUCUAUACCCAAGCACCCAAGCCCAAGCAGAUGGAACCGACAACACAACCAGUCGUCCCGACCCACCACCACCACCUCCUCCAGCCGAACCCAACACCAAAAUGGCCCAACCCAAAGCAAUGGUAAUCUCGCUACACUCAUGCGGCAACCUGCUGCACCACGGACUACGGUCGUUAAUCCUCAACCCAUCCGUCUGCGCGGUCGCGAUGAUCGGAUGCUGCUACAACCUGCUGACGGAACGGCUCGGACCAGCCACGUAUAAACUGCCACAGCUGCGGCCGAACCACCCGCGCCUCGAAGCCACGGGCAACACAUUCGACCCGCACGGCUUCCCGAUGUCGCGGACGCUCGAGACGUUCGCGCCCAGCGGGGCCGAGCAGGGCACAGCACCAACAUCCACGUCCCGCGGCGUCCGGCUCAACAUCACGGCCCGAAUGAUGGCCGUCCAAGCGCCGUACAACUGGGGCGCCGAGGACAGCGAGGCGUUCUUCCGCCGGCACUUCUACCGGGCGCUGCUGCAGCGGAUGCUGCUGGACGUCGGGGUCGUGCAGCAGUGCGCGGACCCGGGGGGCCUGGGGGCGGGCACGGGCGGAUCGGUGACGGGGCGCGACGCGAGCGGCACGCCACUGAUCGUCGGCACGCUGCGCAAGGCGUGUUUCGCGUCCUUCCGCGCGUAUGUGCACGGUGCAUUGGAGAAGUUACGCCGCGACCCGGUGGAUGGAGCGUUGGUGGCGGAGAAGACGCGCGCGUUGGAUGAUGACGCCGUCAUUGAUGCGUAUGAGACGCGGUGGGGGUUUGCGAAGAAACAUCUCGCGGUGAUUUGGAGUUUGAUGGCUUUUAGCGCCGGGGUCGUGGAGAGUGUGAUCGUGGUGGAUCGUUGGUUGUUUCUCAGGGAGCAGGAUUGUGUCGAGCGUUGUUGGGUCGAGUCCGUUUUUGACUAUCGCCAUAGUCCGCGGAAUUUGGUCGUGGUCGGGAUUAAGAAGACGGGUGUGGAGGGAGGUAGGGGAUGGGAGGAGAAUGGGCAUAUCAAGGAGGUGCAGUUAGCCAGAGAUGAAGUGGCAUAA